AUGGAGCAUUACAAUGGGAAUUACAACUAUCUACCCUUGAGAAAAGGUAGGCGAGCCUUGUACAAGAAGGACGGAACGUUCCCUCCGCGAGAUGUUCCUGUUGAUGCUCUAUGCCUCACCGCUUCAACUACCAACUACCACAUGGAGACGACUGGCGACCUUCGAAUCCUUGAACUCCUCCCCGGGUCUUUCGGUGAUUCUUUGAAAUGCCGAUUGCGUGUUGCGGCAAUUGAGAGCCACCCAGUGUACGAUGCACUUUCGUACAUGUGGGGAGAUUUAUCACUUAAGGGGGAGAUAAUUCUCGAUGGUGAAGCCUUCCCUGUUACUGGAUCUCUCGAGAAUGCCCUGAGGCAUAUGCGCCUGCAGGACAGUGUACGCUAUCUUUGGGCAGACGCCGUAUGCAUCAACCAAUGCGAUAUUAAAGAACGCGGUAAUCAAGUUCACUUGAUGAAGGAGAUUUACUCUCGGUCCAAAACUGUGAGGGUCUGGAUCGAUGUGGAUCUUCCUGCUGAGGACCCCAUUGUUCGAAAACUCUUCACUCUUCAACUACAAGGAACUGUCGAUCAACUAGGCGAUGAUCCCGAAGCCUGGAAGCUAUUUCUCCCACUUCUUCAAAAUCCGUAUUGGGACAGACUCUGGAUACAACAGGAACUUGUCUUCGCACCAAAAUUGGUAUUUCACUGCAGAGGAAUGGCUAUCCCCGGGGACUGCUUAAUGGCACUCCAACUUCAGAUUUUCCGGAAGUUGGCUCGUGGCGGGAGACCUUUCGAUGCCGAUAAUGCCUGGCGCCCAUUUAGACCGCUAGUAUCAACCACUAAAGCUCCUUCACGGAACUUAGCUUGCUGGCGGGAGAUGAUGAGAAGCAAGGUGCCAGUCGACCCAUACACACUCCAACCAGAUUUGUCUCUCCUCAAACCAAAGGCGGAGUGGCAACUUGAUCCUCGAAAAUGGGGCCCAUGGCUGAGCACAAAUCCAAUCUAUCUAUUGGGUAUGUUGCGGCAAUCACAGGCCUUGAAAGCAACGGAACCAAAGGAUCGGGUGAUCGCCGCUCUAAAUCUAGUCAUCGACUAUAAUGACGAUGGUCAGGAAGUGGACUACGAACAAAGCCAUGCCGAAUACUGCCUACGUGUUGCGCGACUACUAGUAUUUAAAUGCAACAGUCUCCAACUUUUGACCAUGGCCAGAACCCAGACUAUUCCCGAUCCUGCCGUCCAGGGUUUGCCUUCAUGGGCUCCAAAUUGGAACUCGCCGGGAAAUGCGGAAUAUUUCUCAGGUGCUUUUCAUGCGGCAGGCGAUUUGUCCAUGUACAAUACGCCCUUUGAAGAAGAUAUCGAAGACGGUAUUUUACACUCUAGAGGAUUUCUGUAUGCUAAAGUCGACCGAACGCUCUCGAAUACCGACAACGCUGUCUCUCCGCUCUCGGUUUUGUCAAACCUAUUCAUUUCCGCCACAGAAUCCACCGGAUGUUGCUAUACCGAUAUCAGAAAGCUUGCAUUCACUCUUACCGGCCCAGCUGUUGCUGAGCUCCGCAUAGGCUGCAGUUAUUUCAGCGAGAUUGAAGCGGUUCUUUACACAGGCAUCCUGCUUGGUUGUUCUUUCGUCACUCCCGGACUUCGCAUUAUCGAUCUGCUUCCUUACACAACGAGCGUCUAUGACCAUUCUCAGAGGGAUCUAACCGUUGUGCUUCGAGCUUUACGGAAAUUCCAUAAUCUUCGCUGGCUCGACCUUGAAAGAUUAUUCGCUGCUGUUCAGGAUAUACAAGAUCAAACUGAACGCUUCGGACAUUUCGUCCAGCUGGUACACAAAACUCUAUCUUCCGGAUGUCUGUCAUCUAUCUCUUGUACCAGCGCUCUUGCCAUCACGGAAGGAAAAGCCUCGGUAAAAUCCGGCGACGAGGUAUGGAUCCUGUUUGGCUGUGCAACACCCAUGGUCCUUCGACGUACUGUUUCACACUUUCUUGUUGUCUCCCCGGCCUAUAUCUCUGAUAUCAUGCAUGGAGAGGCGAUGGGUGGGGUAGUUACACCCGAUGAAAAGGAUGGCGGCUGGUCCAGGGCCCUGGAAAAAGGAAGUUUGAGUCCCACUCCUGUAUUCUCCUAUAUAUCAGGAAGAAGAGACUGGUUGGUGGAAGUGAUUCGCCUACGAUAG